GUUUCAUAGUAAGUGUUUCAUAAACAUUCUGUUGAACGCAGCAUAUAAAAAAAAUGACAGGACAUUAUACUGGCAUUUCAUUUCAUUAUAUUGCGAUACUUCACGACGCUAUACACAAUGAUAAUGAUGAAAACAUGUAUAAUGUUAAUUUUAAUCUAUUAUUUCAAUAAUGUAUCUUUAGCAUUACUACAAGCAAAUUUAUUAACUAAGCAUUACAAAGAAUUACUAAAAAAAAUUCAUAAAGUGUUUAAUGGCAAGUAUGGUGAUGAAGUUCUUUUAAAUAUCAAUGAAUAUGAAUAUCCGAAAACUAACAAGACCUUAAGACAGCUACACAAACAACAAUGGCUAGAUUAUUACAAGUGUCUGAAAGAAAUAUACGCAGAUAUAAAGCAAGACAGAAUUAUUUAUCCGAGUGCGCUCAUAGCGCUCGAGGGAACAUCCGUAACUUUAGAAUGUCAAAUCUGCAUCUCGCCACUGGAAAUGUAUACGACUUCUCUAAUAGAAUGGUACUUUAAUAGCAGCAACAGUAAAAGCAGUAAAGUUAAAAAUACGCUACACAAUGGGAAAGGCAUUGUCAAUUCACCAGAUAAUCGAUAUAUCAUCAUGUAUAAUGUUAAGUUAGAGCAAGCUGGAGCUUAUUGGUGUGAAGUAGGACAUACUGUAGGAUCAAUUUAUUAUUUACAUGUCGAUAGCAAUAUGGAACCAGUUAAUGUAUAUCCGGAUAGAGCGUCUUAUAUAUUGCAAACAACAUUGAUGAAAAAUGUGUCGGAAUACAAGUUGAAGGUUUAUACCACUUGGACAACGUGGAGUUCUUGCUCCACAUGCGAUGCAGUUGGGAUAAAACUGCGAUACGGUUAUUGCACCGUUUCUCUUUUAGAAAUGUCAGAUCACAAAUCUUUUAUUAACAAAGGUGCAUCGAUAAUGAAUAAACUACAACAUGUGAAACAAGAUAUAAAGAAAGAACAAGUGCGACUAAUUCCCAUUAUCAAAAAUAAAAAAAUUGAAAUUAUGAGACAAUAUUGCAAGAAAAAAUGUCGAAAGGAUGUCAUAUUUGAGGUGCGCGAUAAAAUGGGUAAUAUUCUGGAAAGUGCAAACAAUAGUGCAGGUAUAUUUUCUAUGAUUCAAGAAAUGCCUAAACUAUUACCAUCAAUUGCACGUAAUGUUAUUUAUGAAAAACAUAAUAAAAAAAUCGAACUUGUUUGUCCAGGAAAUUUGAAUACGGAUGUUCCGAUUGUUUGGCGGAUCAAUGAUAAAAUAAUUAUUCCGUCUCACAUUAAAUCCCAAUCAAAUGGAAGAAUUCAUAUUAAUCCUCAGAUGCAAAUACUAUUUGAAUCUUUGAAGUUUGAGGAUGCUAAUAUAUACAGUUGUUGGCAAAAUAAUGAAAUUGCUGGAAUAAUUAAGCUAAAUGUAAUUGGAGAAAUAGAAUUCAAGUUGAACCAUCAUGUUAUUUUAAUGGGCGCUAUCGUCAUAAUUAGCGUCUUUUUCAUAAUAUUUUGGAAAGCAUUCAAGCAACGAAUGCGAUAUACGAUGCAUUAAUAAAUACUAUAAACGCUAUUUUAUAAAUAUACUAAUGUAUAGAUUAAAUUGUUCAUUGACAAUUUGUAAAAUGAUGUGUUUAUGUUGUGUAUGAAGAAGAAAAGGAAAGUGGUGAACCUCAAAUAAGCUUUAAAUUAGAGCUCGAAGUAUUCGAAUAUUCGCUUGCCUACUACGUUAUCUGUAAUACGGAUCUGGAUCGAUUCCGCAGGAAUUCGGGUACCUGCAGAAUAUUGUACAAUGUGAGUACUUGUGGAACCGUAUACAAUACGGAUAUUCGAGGAAUCGUGGGCGAUACGAAUACCUGUUUCGAUGCGAGUAUCCUACAAAUAUCUGCGUGUAAUUUUGUCAAUUUUAAAGGUAUGUGUUUUACGGGUUUUACAAUCAUUUGUAGUGAUUCUCAUUCCGUUUAUAAUUAAAAUAUUCUGGAGUAAAUUGUUUCACAUUAUAGAUAUUAAAUACAUUUCUAAAUUUAAUUUGUUUUGCAGAAACUGUACGAUCAAUACAUCCUUAAUUCAAACUGUUUAACUAUAAACAAAUUAAUAUAAACAAAAUUACAAUAGUAUAAACAAUUCUACCUUUUAACAAUUCUACCCUAAAACGCCUUUAAAAUAAAUAAAAUUACACGCAGAUAUCUGUAGCAUAUAGCGGAUAUCCGUAUCGAAAUGGGUAUCCAUAUCGCCCACGAUUCCGCUAGUAUCGCAUAUUGUAGUUUUGCGGGUACUUGCAUUAUACACAGUUCUAUUGUGGGUAUCCACAUAACUGGUCCAGAGCCGUAUGCACGGAUAAUGAAUCUGGGAGCGGAUAUUCAAAUUUUACGUUACCCGAUUCCUUUUCUGAGUUCUACUUUAAAUAUAGCAUGUUAUAAGUACGUCA